AUGGCCCGGGACGCUGGAUUUUCAACACCCCUGUGUGUACACAUAUUAUUUUUGGAAUUGUUUUCAGAUACCAAAAUAAUGGCUGGACACAUCACCGCUGCCUUCGUGCUGUUCGCUGUCUUCUUCUUGUCGGCUAACGUCGAAGAUGCGCUCGCAAGUCCUGCAAUCGCCACCGGCUACGAUUCCGUAGGAAUUUGCAUAGAGAACUGCGCGCAAUGCAAGAAGAUGUUCGGUGCGUGGUUCGAGGGACCCCUAUGCGCAGAAUCCUGUAUCAAGUUUAAGGGAAAGCUCAUACCCGAAUGCGAAGAUUUCGCCUCAAUUUCCCCAUUCUUGAACAAACUAUGA